AGAUGAGGCUUAACACUUGUCCAGGUUCAUUGUGGGAGUUUGUCUAUCCCUUUGCUCUCCUGGCUCCUAGUCCUCUACUUGGAUGACCUCUGUCUGCCAGGGCUGCAAAGAUUGGCAAUGGGUGCUGUUUCAAAACCAACUGAAAGAUUUAAAUGCUGGUUGGAAAUAUAACUGAGGAAGGUGGGUUUAUAGUAACCUAGUUAAUGUCAAAUAUAAGCUCAAGGAUGAGGCAGGCAUGUUUAAAGAUUGAAAAGCUUCUGUAAGGCCUGGUCUAUGCUAAUGUUCUACUGGUGUCAGGGGUUUCUAACCAGUACAGUUAUACUGGUAUAAACCACAGUGUGACUGCAGCUAUAUUGGUAUAAAGGUGCCCUCUAUCAGUAGAGCUUAUUUUGUUUCCUGAACCAGAAACAGGCCUACUGGUGUAAAGUCUCUGGUAUAAUUACAUCCAUACUGUGGGGUGGCUGCUUUAACAAUACAUGGGGAUAGUUAAAGUAGUCAGACCUGCUCUGCUCUAGACAAGCCCAGAGUCAAGACUCUGGAAAAGGAGCCCUGUGAAGGACAACGUGUUUUCCCUCUGUCAAGGCUUCCUUUACUCACAGGGUGUGUCUGUUGGAUGCAGCAGGACAAGACUGAGUGACUUAGUGCGGAGAUCCUGUGAUGUCCUCCACCCAGAGGAGCAGUACCAACCUUGUGAUGUUAAAGGAGAUCUUGGAACAUGGGUUUGUGGCAGGUGCUUCCAGCUGUAUCAACUUUUCUCCAGGCAUCAGCUACUACUUGGAGACUGACAGUACCUCUAAACCAGAUGCCUGGGAUGGCAUCCUUGACUUGGAGAACACAACAAAAGGUAGUUCUCAGCUUGUCCUCAAGUGGCCAGAGUCUCUGAGCAGUUGUGUGAAGGGUGACCUGAAUUGUGUGACCCAGGGCCUUUGUGAUGGUGGUCUUGCUUGCUUCUGCAAGACCCCCAGUGUUCCAGUUGCCUUUGACUUGUCCAGUGUGGCUUCUGAAUCCAACAGCAGAGUGAACUCAAUAGUAGAUGUAUUUUGUGAUGCCAAGUCCUCCACACCAUGCAAGGAAGAAAAGCUCCGCAAAUCAAUGGACAACUUGCUCUCCAAAAGCUCUGAGAUAACAACUGACUUCUCCAGUCUCAGGAAACCACCUCCACCCAUCUGGGAGAUCUCUGAGAUACCAGCCCUGCUGGACAACACUCUUUCUCUGGAUGCAAGUGUAGAAGAGCUGAGGUCACUGGGAUCUCUGAAACCAGAUACCCCAUCUCUGGAGAAAUCUGUCUUUGCUAUUGCUUUGGCAUGGCCUGGUGCAGCUACCAAGAGACCUUAUGCUCCUGGCUUCAGGUCUCUCAGUUAUGAUACCCAGGGGAGUGAGCCAGAGCCCUUAGCUGUGGCUCACUGCAUGAAGCCAUUUGACUUUGCUAUCCCCUCUCUGACAGAUGGAGUGACAAGCCAAAUGGGCCACAAAAAUCAAAACUCCUCAAAUGAGAGAGGAAAGGAGUGAUCUUAGCUCAGUGCGAUGGCCAAAGCCAACAGGCUAAGCACUAAGCUCUCUAGUGACAAUGUUACUUGGGAUUCUCUCUGGUAAUGCAUGUGCUCUGCAUCAUAGUGCAAACAUAAGUGAUACAUGGUCCAGGGUGUUUGUUGCACAAGAGGCUAGUGUAUAAAGCCUGACUGGAGUUGGGGGGUUUUCAUCUGUGUCCAGGAAACUAGCUCACCUCAUGGCAAAUCUCUAAAGUCUCUUAACAAAUAGUUUCAGCUGCAAAUGGUGGGAACCAUCCUGGGUGAGGCUCUAUUGCUGUGAUGCCCUCUCAUCUCCACCUGGGAAAGGACCUUUUUAAAAAAAAAAAAAAAAAUUCUAGUGUGGAAACUUGGUAGGGGCACUGCUGGGUGGAGGAAGCUGUUCUGAAUUCCUAGAUAAGCUUGGUGGGUCUUUUUAAAUUAACUGGAUGUUGACUCUUGCUCAACAGCACUGAACUUGAUUUGUGACCUUCAUAUUGACCAGAAUGCCUUGUAAAACUCUGUCUUAA